GCUGUAGUCAUGCUUAAAGAGCUAUGUGCGGGAUUCAAUUUCAAGGCCUUCACAGCUGAGCUAUUAGGAACUCUUAUAUUUGUUUUUAUUGGCCUGGGUUCAACUCUAACAUGGUCUUCAUACCUUCCAACUGUUCUACAGAUAGCCUUCACUUUUGGCUUGGGAAUAGGUACCAUGGUGCAAGCAGUGGCCCAAGUCAGUGGGGCCAAUCUGAACCCAGCUGUUACUGUAUCAUUGCUUGUUGGAGCCCGGAUAUCACUUGUACAGGCCUUUUAUUAUGUGAUUGCGCAGAUGCUGGGGGCGGUGAUAGGAGCAGGUUUACUUUACGAAUUUGUUCCAGAUGACAUCAAAGGAGGUUUUGGCGUGAACCAGCCAACUAACAAUACCUCUCCUGGACAAGCUAUCUGUAUUGAGAUCUUCCUGACAUUACAACUGGUUCUCUGUAUCUUUGCCACAACGGAUAGCCGGAGGACAGACAACAUUGGAUUUCCGGCCAUUUCUAUUGGUCUUUCAGUUAUCUUAGGACACUUGCUUGGGAUAUAUUACACGGGAUGCUCAAUGAACCCAGCACGUUCUUUUGGUCCGGCACUGAUUACUGGCAACUUUCGUUAUCACUGGAUCUUCUGGGUGGGGCCGAUUACAGGUGGAAUCAUUGCAUGCCUGAUUUAUGACUAUGUAUUAGCACCUUAUUCAGUAAGUACCAGCGAGAGAAUGGAAACACUGCGAUGCAACAUUAUCAGAGAGAAAGAAAAAGAGGAGAGACGAAAGCAAUCUGUUGUCCUCAAUUCUCUUCACGGUCAACCAAAUAACAAAGAAAAAGUAUAACACAAAACAGAGUCUUUGCGCUGACAUUUACAUUUGAACACAACUCUUUCUUUGGACGUGAUAAUUAAUAUGUUUUAUUGUACAGAAUGUGCCAUUACUUUAUUUACAAUAUGUUCAAAAAAGUUCUCCCUGUUUGACCCAUUCAUUGUAC